AUGUCGGCCGAGCUGCUCCGGGGCUGGCUCAACGACGAUGUGGGGCUGAGCCGGCAGGUGGGCAGCUUCGAGGACGACCUCGCCAACGGCUACCUUAUUGGCGAGCUCCUCCACAGACACGCCGUCAUGACUGACUCUGCGUUCGGAGGCUUCAAGGACCAGCAGGCAGGGGCGGCAAUCGCAAAGAUCCAAAACUUCAGGCAGGUGCAGCAGGCGCUGGUCGACCUGGGUGUGACAUUCGACUCGCGCCUCGCCAACGCGGAGGGGCUGUUCCCGGGCAUUCACACUAUGUUCCUGAGAUAA